AUGGACAAAAUCAGAGAAAAGCUAAGCAACUUGAAGUUGGAAGCCGAAUCAUGGCAGGAGAAGUACGAGGAGUUGAAAGAGAAGAACAAGGACUUGGAGCAAGAGAACGUCGAAAAGGAGAAUCAGAUCAAGUCUUUAACCGUCAAAAACCAGCAAUUGGAGGAUGAGAUCGAGAAGCUGGAAGCGGGACUUUCUGACUCUAAGCAAACAGAACAGGAUAACGUUGAAAAAGAAAAUCAGAUCAAGUCCUUGACGGUGAAGAACCACCAAUUGGAGGAAGAGAUCGAGAAGUUGGAAGCAGAAUUGGCUGAAUCCAAGCAAUUGUCCGAGGACUCUCACCACUUGCAGUCCAACAACGACAAUUUCUCCAAGAAGAACCAGCAAUUGGAAGAAGACUUGGAGGAAAGCGACACCAAGCUAAAGGAAACCACUGAGAAAUUGAGAGAGUCCGACUUGAAGGCAGAUCAAUUGGAAAGAAGAGUAGCUGCCUUGGAAGAACAAAGAGAAGAAUGGGAAAGAAAGAACGAGGAAUUGACCGUCAAGUACGAAGACGCAAAGAAGGAACUGGACGAAAUUGCUGCAUCUCUGGAAAACUUGUGA